AUGUCAACACUAUGCCUGGUGCAAGUCGUUCAGAUGACACUCGUUGCUCGAGGUGGUAGUGCAACAGAAAGGAUCGAUGCCCGCGAGAAGCCGGUGACGAAAGCGCAGCACUCCUCGGAUUCAGGCGUGUUCGGCCCGCGAGCGUAUUUCCGGACUGCGUUCCCAAGCCCGGCGGAGCUCGUGAUCGAGGACAUCAAGAGGCACGACGCGGCUACCUACAGGUGCAGAGUCGACUUCCGGAAGGGGCAGACUCGCAGUUUCCGCUACAAUCUCACCGUCAUUGUGCCACCGGAACAGCCGACCAUUUUGGAUCAGUGGGGCAAGAUAGUGAACGGAACUGCUGGGCCCUACGAGGAGGGUGACACUCCUUCCUUAACCUGUCGCGUAACCGGCGGCAAACCCGAGCCUAUGGUCCGCUGGCUGGUCAACGGGCAAGUGAAGGACGAGGAGUACGAGAAGAACGCUGGCGACGUCAUUGAGAACAGGUUGACCCUGCAGCCCAUCACACGGUCGGACCUUCGCGCGAAUUUCACGUGUCAGACGAGGAACACGGACCUGAUCGAAUCGAAGGCGUCCUCGAUCACGUUGGAGCUGAACCUGAAACCGUUGACGGUGACCAUAAGGAGGCCGGGAAGAAAGGGAGUGGAGAUCGAGUCUCUGCUGGCCGGAAAACGCUACGAAGUGGAAUGCGAGACGACGGGCUCGAGGCCACCAGCGGUGAUCACCUGGUACAAGGGACGGAGAAGACAGCUGAAGCACACCACGGAAGAACGAUCGGAGAAUCGAACGGUGAGCAUGGUGGAGUUCGAGCCAGGCGUGGAGGACCACGGGAAAUCGAUCACCUGCAGGGCCGAAAAUCCGAACCUGACGGGGCUGUUCGUGGAGAAAUCGUGGAAAAUCGACGUCGUCUAUCCGCCAAUAGUGUCGCUGAAUCUUGGAUCCACGAUAAAUCCCGGGGAUAUCAAGGAAGGCGACGACGUCUACUUCGAAUGCCACAUCAGAGCAAAUCCUCCCUGGUCCAAAUUGACAUGGAUACACGACAACCAAAUACUGGCGCAUAACGCGUCAGCCAGGAUAAUCUGGUCGAACCAGAGUCUGGUGCUUCAGAGCGUGACGAGGAGUAGCGCUGGGAAGUACGUGUGCGCCGCAACGAAUGACCUGAACGAAACACGGAGCGAGCAUCUUCAUUUUCGCGUCAAGUUCGCUCCGGUGUGCAAGGAGGACAGGAUCAUAGUGGUAGGCGCGUCGAGGGGCGAGUCGCUGGACAUCGUCUGCAAAGUGGAGGCCGAUCCGCCGGCGCACAAUUUCCGAUGGAAAUUCAACAACAGCGGGGAGACGUUGGAAGUGGCGCCGGGCAGAUUCUCGAUGGAGAAGUCGAGCGGCGUGAGCGUGCUCAGGUACACGCCGACCACCGAGUUGGAUUACGGUACACUGUCGUGCUGGGCGGACAAUUUCGUCGGUACACAAGCGAGACCGUGUCUCUUCCAGCUGAUAGCCGCCGGAAAACCAUCUCCGGUACGUAACUGCACGCUCGCGAACCAGACUUACACCAGCGUGGAGGUGAAAUGCGUGGCUGGCUACGAUGGCGGGCUUCCGCAAAAAUUCAUCCUGGAGGUGUACCACGGCGACGUGGAUUUCCUGUCGAGCAUCCAGCCUCUCUACAACGUCUCGAACACCGACGAGCCGAGUUUCUCCCUCUCUGGCUUGGAGACGACCGUCGAGACGGGUGUUCACGUCGCGGUGUACGCUGUGAACGGGAAAGGACGAAGUCAACCGGUCAUUCUCAGCGAGGUUACAUACCGCGACGCGGAGAAACGUACCGGACAAGACGAGGGAAUCGUGCUAUCGCCGCUGAUAGGAGUGGCGGUCGGUGCUGUGGUCUCGCUUGCCCUCCUCAUCUUUGUCGUUGUGAUGCGCGCACGACGGGAGAGAGUCUCGAAGCCACGACACGAAAAACCGGCGGAGCUCAGCGAACUUCCGGCGCAGCAGUAUCCCUCGCAGAAUCCUCAGCAAACGGUAGAAACCGAUCCAGACGUGAUUCCGAAUAAAUUCGAGGGCAACCUGGUGGAAGUGAGUCCGCCGAGUUAUCCAGGCGGAUAUCCCCCGGGACACUGGGUCACGCCCGGACCUACGCCAAGCAUAGACGAGCUCUGCCACAAAUUCACCGGAAGACCGACGGAGCUGAGGUUACCAUCGAGAAGCACGAUACCGAGUUUACAGAGCAUGCCCAUGACGGGAGUGAUGGUGGGCGGUGGAGGCGGUGGAGGCGGCGGACAGGGCGUCGUGGUCACUGGGGGCCAACCAGCCGGUAUGGUGCUAGGCGGUGGUCAGGGCGUCGUCGUGGCUGGCGAAUGUUUGGACGGUGAGGCGAUCAAGAGACGGCUGAUGGCGAACAGGCUUCCCGAGAGCUGCGUCUAG